UUGUGGAGGAAGCGUCAAGAUGGAGUUCUUCAUUGGUAACCCAUACAGUACUCCUGUCGGCCAAUGUAUAGAACGUGCUACAGAUGGAUCCCUGCAGACUGAAGACUGGGCCCUGAACAUGGAAAUUUGUGAUAUUAUUAACGAAACUGAAGAAGGGCCAAAGGAUGCUAUCAGGGCUCUGAAAAAAAGGCUGAGUGGAAAUAAAAACUACCGUGAAGUAAUGCUUGCUUUAACGAUUUUGGAGACCUGUGUUAAGAACUGCGGUCAUCGUUUCCAUAUCCUCGUAGCCAACCGUGACUUUGUUGAUGGUGUUUUAGUAAAAAUUGUCUUGCCCAAAAAUAAUCCUCCAGCCAUUGUGCAGGAUAAAGUCCUUGGAUUGAUACAAGCUUGGGCUGAUGCUUUCAGGAGUAGUCCAGAUCUGACUGGAGUAGUUCAUAUUUAUGAAGAGUUGAAGAGGAAAGGAAUGGAGUUUCCAAUGGCAGACCUGGAUGCACUGUCUCCAAUACACACACCAGGGAGAUGCAUUCCUGAGGUAGAUCCGGCAAUGAACAAACCAAUGCCUCAGUCCCUACAGAAAAACACUUCACCAAACAGCAUGUUAUCUGUACCCUCCACACUGACUGCCUAUACAGCCCCACGAGGCCUUCCAGCUGGACCAAUCACUGCAAACGUUGAACAGCUUGCCAGGUUGCGCAGCGAGUUGGAUGUUGUCCGUGGAAAUACAAAAGUUAUGUCUGAAAUGUUGACAGAAACAGUUCCUGGAGAAGAAAAUCAAUCUGACUUUGAGUUGCUGCAGGAACUAAAUCGCACAUGUCGAGCAAUGCAACAACGGGUGGUAGAACUUCUUUCCAAUGUAACUAAUGAAGAGAUCACAGAGGAACUUCUACAUGUAAAUGAUGAUCUUAAUAAUGUUUUCCUUCGGUAUGAAAGAUUUGAACGAUGCAGAUCAGGAUGUGAAAGUCAGGAUGCAAGAGAUGGUGUAUUGAAUGAAGUUACAGACACAGAUAAUCUAAUAGACUUGGGCCCAGGUUCCCCUGCAGUUGUGAGCCCAAUGGUUGGAAAUAUGAGUGCUCCUACUUUGUCCUCACAGCUCGCUGGGCUGGAUCUGGGGGCAGACAGUGUUAGUGGCACCCUUAGCUCAUUGACCAACUGCAAUCCAGAUGCUCGAGAUUCAGCUAAUUUUGAUAUGUUUGCACAGAUCAGAAGCAGUUCUCAAACUGAUGAGCGCAAAAAUGUAACAUAUGAAGACUUGCAGUCAAUUGGAGGAUUGGCAACUGCUAUUGAUAUUCAACAAAAUGUAGCAGUGCUGAACCAUAGAGCUGACAACCCAGACAUCGAGCCUAUAGACAAGUGGCUCAUGACACAAGGAAUGAUUCCUGUUGCACAGUCUGUUAUGGACGACGUUGAAGAAUGGCUCAGCACUGAUGUGAAGGGAGAUGAUGUAGAAGAAGGAGUAACAAGUGAAGAAUUUGAUAAAUUUUUGGAAGAAAGAGCAAAGGCAGCAGAGAGAGUCCCAAACCUGCCUUCUACCCUGACUAGCAACUCUAAUCCUCCACCAGUGUCUGCUGAAAGUUCCAAGGAUACCCUCUAUGCUUUACAAUGACGUGUGUGUGUAUUUUGGGUGUAUGUGUGUGUGUGUAUGGUUCAUUUGUUGUUGGGCAGGGUGCUGCUGUACAGUUUGCUAUAGCUUCUCAAUGGUGGCUGGCGAUGCACUUAUGUUUUAUGUAUCUCCAUUUAUUCCAACUCCUCCAGCCAACUAAUUCAUAAGAUGCCUUCCUAAUGUGCUAUUCGCAGUUUAAAAGCUGGCAAAUCUUUUAAAUCGCUGGGUUUUAGCAUUCUCCACAGUAUAAUGUAUUAUGCCCAUAUAUUAGCUGGACUUGCAAUAUUUCUCUGCAGUUCAUAUUUAAAUAAUGAUUUGGACUUACAUUCUGGUUAACCUGUAUCUUACCAAAGGGAAUUGGAACAGCUGGCCAUUUUGACAUUAUUACAAAAUGUUUAUUGUUAACACAGUGACAUUUUGGCAAGUGUGCUUUUUGUAAAAAUUGUAUCUCUAAGUGAACUAGUUUUUCUGGCCAGUGUUCAUUUCUGUUGGGACAUAGCACCUUUCACAUUGCAGUAGGUAUCAUAGGAGUUUUGCUAUAUUAUAAAGGAAAUUAGAGGAAUUCAUAAGUUUUAUCUAAACUAUAUAUUUUAGUGGUGAAUAUGCUAAUUGUAUUAUAUGUAUAACACUAAAAUGUGUUGCAGUGAAAACUGUACUGGAAAUACAUAUUAAAUGUAGGAUGAACCCUGAUGUAACAAAGAUACUUAUUAUUACAGGGACAACCACGCACACUUCAUAUGAAGCAUAGUGGUUAAAAUGGCAAUUUUCUAAGUGUGUUUGCAGUCAUUUUGUUUUGGCUAAAUCCUGCCAAUUUGUGUGAACAGUUGAGCCACACAAGAGAGCAGUAUGUUUUUCCCCUUUAACCACUGAUGAAAUAACUAAUCAAUCACUAAAAGACAUGUCUAUAGUCUCUGCGACUCUACUCCGAACGUCAAGCCUGUGUAGCUCUUAGUAGUAUAGAUUUCUUCUGGUCACCGUGGAGACAAAUUAUAGAUCUGUGUUGAUUCUAAAUGUGCACAAAUGGAAUAUACACUGGUGAGAGAGAGUAUUCAUUCCAUCUGGUUCAUUCUUCUGUUGAAACCUAGAGCUGUACUAUUGCAUUGUUUAAUUUGUUUCUUGAAUGAUGGGGUGAAAAGAAUGAUAAAAUUCUCUCUGGAAGGCCUUGCAUGUUUUAAUCCUUAUCUUUACUGAACUUGCCCUUUACUAUUUUGUAUCUUUAUCGCCUGUCCUAUCAUUGUGCUUCAGGUUAUUUUUUUCAGCUAUUUUCCUUGAAUUAGAUAUUUUCUAGACUAUUUUCUGUGAAAUCCCCUCCUCUUCACAUUUUUUCACUGGACUGGAGUAUCUGAGGAUUUUCCUGCCCUAGUAUUAAGACCAAAGCUUUCCUUUGAAUGAGUUCUCCUUAAAGUGAGUGAGCUGCAGGUCAUGUAGGUAGAUGGUUGAAAUACUCAUUACACAAUUUUGCUAUAAAUGUUGAUCACUUUCAGCUUUCCAGUUUGUAUAAGUAACCAUAUUUGAGAAAGACGCUUCUGUGAUGUUAAAAACUGGUGAUUACGUGUGCAUGUGUUUCAGUAGUGGGUCAGCAAAAGUUGAGGAUUGGUAUGUAUUUUUUUUUCCAAUGUGUCCAUUGGAACUUUGGAUAAGUACUGCCAAUGCAAUUCAAAAUUCUACCUUUCCAAAGCUUGGGUUUUCUGGUGGAGAGUUUCCUGAAUUGUAAACCAAAAGGGUGAGGUAAUUUUUAUUAUCAUGUGCCCAUUAGUGGUUUCGGCCUUAGGUAUGUAGGCCCCAAGUUCUGGAAUUCUUUUAACCUGUCUGUCUCUUUCUUGCUUGCUUUCUUGCAAUCAUAUGCUCUCUCUUGUUCUCUCUCUACUAAAUAUUAUAUUACAACACCUGACUUAAUAUAUUUGUCUCUCUGUACUCUUAGGCAUACUUUCCUAAAUUGAAGGAGUUCUAUCAAUUCAAGCUAUUGUUUAUUUUAAUCAAUAUAAUUCUGUUAUUUGAAUGUAUUUUCUGAAAAAUUGGCAUUUUUAUUCUACAUUUCCUAUCUAAAGGUUCUUAUUCAAGUUUUAGACCUUAUUCCUCUUCCCUUUCUCCCUACUCCACUGCCUAUUCUACAUCCGAGUUGUUAGUUUAGGACAUUCGGUGCUUUUACGUUCUGAAUUUUCAUAGUUAAGAUUGUAGAAGAGUGAUGUUAAUGUAUGAAAUAAUUCUGUGCAACUGCCCUUGCAAACCUGAGGUGGCAACAGUGAAUGCAAGAUAAUUUUUACAUUCACCUUUGUUCACAGUAAGAUACUGAUUUGGCCCGCUCCACACUCCUAUCCAUGCAUGAAUAAAGAGCAGUCCAUAUUUCAUCACUUAUUUAACAGUGCUGCAGUUAAUCAGGAACUAGGUUUGCUAAGUGCUGUUUCAUGAUAAGCAAGCUGUGGAAAUGUUAAAAUCUCAACUUUUCAGUGUUACCAUUUUGAAAACUUAACCACCUCCAAGCAUUCUAAUUCUAAAUCCAGAACAAAAACUGCAAAAAUCAGGUGCCAACAUCCAAAGUAGAAACACUCAACCGCUUGUCAGACAGUAUCGGCUGAGAGAGUGUUAAUGUUCUGAUGAAAAAUCAUUAACCUUAAGUAUUGUCUCUAUUUAUAUCUCUGUAGGUGCAUCCUGACCUACUGAAAGUUUCCAGCAUUUUGUUUUUAUUUGAACUAUUUUAAUUAUUGCAUUUAUUGUUUUACACAUCCUUAAGACCAAAAUAUUCUACACAGCAAGCAUAUUUCAAAAUCCAAACACUGCAGAGUGAAAACAAAAUAAUUCGAAGUGUCAUUCAUUGAGUGUGGAGGCCACGAGGUGCAAUAAACAGCAACCGCGCAUCUAACCCAGAAUCUAUGGGUUCAAGUCCCACUCCAGGAUAUGAUGGUGACAGCAUGUAUGUUCAUAACAUGGCCAAAUAGGUUGAUCAACCUAAAUAUUCUUCCAUUGUGCCUAUGCCAGGCAAUAAAAUGGUCAGCCGUGCUUGAUGCAGAGUGACUCUAUCCCUUGGUGAUAGAUUUGUGUGAAAAGGUUACUAAUCUAACUAUGGAAUCAGGCAUAUUUUGUCAGCAUCAUUUAUCAUUAAAUGUGAGAGAAUCUCCAAGUCAUCCUUUCAAUCGGCACCUUAAUACAGAGGUAUACAAAUUUAUACUGUUGUGUGGUCAGUUUCUAGUAUCCACUACAAUGAAAGCACAUGUGUCUAUUGUUAGGUUUACUAUCUGAAUGUUGUACAUUGCUCGGUAAUUGGUAGUUUUUUCUGCAAUGAUAUAUAAAUUUAUAGAUCUUAUUUUUUACAACACAGAAUUGCUAAGUUUACUAAUAAAAAUAAACACAUUUCUUUCCUCUAUUGAUCAUUGUUUAGACCCAUACAGACUGUUGUAAGACUGACACAUUGUAGUUCUGUUAAACUUGCUGGUCAUUUUACAUUUAUCAUAGCGGAGAUACCAGUGUUUUAGUUACUAGUUUGUUAUUAGACACUAUGCUUGCUAAAUUAGCACUGUGUUGUGUUUUUAAAGCUAUUUUACUGUAGAAAUGCAAACUGUAAGCUGUUUACUUAUAUUGAACAUCUUUUAUAAUGAAUCAGAAAAUUUAGAGGGAAGUUGUGGGAUUUCUUUGCAGAGCUUUUUUCCAUAUAAGUUGCCCAGUAACAUUAAUGAGCUUUGCUGGUGAAGCUUUGUUUGUUGCUUUUGAGACCCAUUUGCAUUCAGAUACAUGGUGCUCAGCUUUUUGUGUAUCUUGUUUUCUGCUUUGAGGCACAUGGCUAUUCUAACUUCUAGGAAAAAAACAGGUACAACUAAUUCAAAAGAUGGAAAACCCACAGUGAUGGUUUGAAUAUUCCAAUCUGUUCAACCAAGGCUUUGAAAACACUAUCAUCCUUAGUUUCCUGCCUCCCAUUUCUUAGUUGAGCUGAGGGAUAACUUAAAUUCUAACUUUAUUAUUUUCUUCUUUCCAAAUGAGCAGGAUAGGAUACAAAAUCCACACAUUCAGUUUGAUGCAAGUGCAUAUAAAGCUGCCUAAGGUCUUGAAAAGAUGAUUGGUUUCCUUCCCAUAGCCUCUUAUCACUAUUACUCAAUCACUUUUGCAAUGGGGGGGAAAGUAUACUGGAAGAAUAGCCCUGCUGAUCUACAUAAUUAUACCAUCCUAGAAGAAUAAUGUUAAAUGUGUAUAAAAGGUUAGCACCUGUUAAUACAAAUAUUAAUGUACAGUUCAAUGGAUUUAUUAUAAAAAGAUACUUCCAAUAACACAUUAAGACUUUGAUAAAUAGACAAUGUGUUACUUGGCAGUAUAUGGUUUGUAUCAUUUGAUUGUCUACCAAAUGUGUUAUUGCAAUAAAACUAAGUGUGUAUGUGCAAUUAGCAAACAAAUUGAGAUGUAACAUUUAUUGUCAGGUAGCAUGAUGCAUAAUAAUACCACAGGUCUCAUUUUUGAUCAGUGGUGUUUGGUAACACUUUUCUGGUUAACUCAAAUAGUGUGGUAAUUAGUAAUGACCUUAAGCAAAUGCAGUUAAUGUUGCCUCCUUGAUAGUAGCCCCCUCCAGGUAUUGCCACAUGCGUAGGAGCAGAAAGGUCCUUCUGAUUUGCAAAUCAUUGCUUGUUAAAGGACUAGAACACUUUAUAAAAUGUGAGCAUUUUAUAACAGUAAACUUUCAGAAAUCCUCAUGGAGUGUUUAAUAGUGACUGCUGUAUACCAGCCUUUCACUUGGAAGACUGAUUAAAUAUGUUGGGGUUUUAUUUCAUUUUGUUCUGUUGAGAUACAUAUUUUGAGUUGGUAUUCUUUAUUUGUUAUGAAACUUACUGUAAAUUCACAGUUACAAUUAAGGCAGUUAAAUAAUAACUGUACUCAAAUGUAGCCAAAUGUUAUUUUAUUUUAAAAGUUUUAAAUAUACUGAAUUCCAAAGGCGAAUGGGGUUUUCUGGUGCCGAUAUCAUACUCCCACUGAAUCCAAUGCAGUUUAAAAUUCUCAACGUCAUUCUACCAAACCAACCUUAACUGCAGAUUUAAGAAAAAAACAAAGCAGUGAACAUUGUACAACACUACCCACCCCCAUAAAAAGACAAUGAAUUGUUUGUUUGGAUGUUGAGUCUGAUUCUAAUUUAGUGAAAGUGCUUUCCAACUUCAAUAUUUUUGUCAGGCUUUCUAAAAGAUUUUUAAGGUGAGUAGCAAGUAAAAAGUAACAUAUAAUGAAUAAAAAAUGCACAGUACUUAAAUAUGUUGCGACAUGUUUGGUUAAAAUUAAAAGGGGAAUCAUAUACUUCCCAAUCCCAUCUUACCCAAGGCUACAAUUUAAACCACAUGCCUCACCACCUCCCUCUCAACACAGUAAUAAAAAUUGUGGCCAUGAUGUUAUAGAAUGACAGAUUAGGCUUGAGGGGCCAAAUGGCAGCCUUGUGCUUCUAUUACUUAUUCUUGUGUUCAUUAUAUCUCCCCAGUGGCAUUUAGUGCACACUCGCUGCUUCCCAAAUUUGUAAUCCUGAUUUCAUAAUAAAGCUUAUAGUGAGAUUUUUGCAUGCAGUUUUUUUCCCCAUUUUGUUAUUUUAAUUCUCCUUUAACAAUUCAGAUUAGGAAAUAAAACUUGUUCACAUUGGGGGUGCAUAUCUGGAUAGGUCUGGUUAAGGACCUGCUGACAGUUGACUUCUACCAAUUUUUUUAAAAAUGUAAAUUAUAUAUAAUACUUCUUCAGCUUUCUCCUUUCACAGGUGAAAUAAGGAUGAGGAUGAAUUUAAGAAUUAACCUGAAUUUUGAUUCAUUUCUUACUGUUAGACAUAAGAUUAAUUAUUAUAUUGCAAUUAAUUUGGCUGCAGAGAAUAGACUAUUUUCUACAAAGGCUUGUUAAAAAUAUAACCAACUCAAAAUUAUGCAGCUUAGCAGUAUGAUCUCUUAUAUUCAUAACACUACACACGACCUCAUAGGCUGUAAGAACAAAACCUCUAUGUUAAUCAGUCAGUACACACGUGUGGUUAAUAUUUAUUAACAUUUUAGGUUCUGUUUCCACAUAUGACAAUAUGUUCCAUAUAUGCUGUCCAUAACCUGGUAUUUCAUUAACUUAUGUUUACUGCAGACUUGUGAAUUAUGUCAUGUUGUGUUACAAAUUGGAUGUGUGUGAUUUGUACUGAACUGUCACUACUGUUUAAAUUCUGUUGUGCUUGAUUCUUGCAUGAAAUGUUAUAAAUAAAUAAUACUGGUAUGUG